AGAAUACGAUUUGUUUAAGGUCGACAAAGUUUAACGAAACUUUCUGCGUUCAUGGCUGAAUAUAAUUGCUUCCAAAUAGAACUCAGCAAAACUUACGGAAACAACGAGUUCAAAGACGACCUCAAGAAUCUCAUGCUUAACGCGGGCUUGAACAAAAUAGAAACCGUGUUUUUAUUUUCCGACACGCAAAUAAAGUCCGAAUCGUUUUUGGAGGACAUAAACAACAUUCUGAACUCCGGAGACGUGCCCAACGUGUAUCAGGUCGAGGAACUCGAUCGAAUAUACCAGGGCAUGAAGGGCGAUCUGCAAGAACUCGGUUUGCCGGCCACAAAGUCGAACUUGUUCGCUGUUUACACGAAACAAGUUAGAGCCAAUUUGCACACUGUUAUCACAAUGAGCCCCAUUGGAGAAAUAUUUAGAGCAAGAUUAAGACAGUUUCCUGCUUUGGUAAACUGUUGCACAAUCGACUGGUUUAGUGCUUGGCCUGAUUCUGCUUUGCAAUCGGUCGCGAUGCGCUUCAUGAAGGAGAUCCAAGACUUCAGCGUGUCCGAGAAUAUAAUGGAGGGGAUAGUGAACGUGUUUCAGUACAUGCACGCGAGCGUGGUGAAAGCUAGCGUGCGGUUCAAAGAGGAGCUGUCUCGCACGAACUACGUCACUCCCACCUCUUACUUGGAGCUGCUGUCCAGCUACAUUGAGCUGCUCAACAAGAAGAAGGGCAGUCUUACUGAAGGCGUGGGCCGACUUAAAAUCGGUUUGGAGAAGCUGCAAAUAACCCAGGAGGAAGUAAAAGUUCUUCAAGUAAACCUGAAAGAAAUGAAACCAGCCCUGGAAAUUGCAGCCAAGGACGCAGAUAUAAUGAUCGCGCAAAUAGCUCAAGAUACAAUUGUUGCUGAAGAAACUAAAGAAAUUGUAGAGAAGGAGGAAGAAGAGGCAUCUAAAAAAGCUUUGGAAACGGAGAAUAUCGCUUCGGAUGCUCAGAGAGACUUGGACGAGGCACUACCCGAAUUGAUGGCGGCUGAGGCGAGCUUAAGGUCCCUUAAUAAAAACGACGUGACAGAGGUGAAGGCAAUGAAAAGACCCCCAGUCGGAGUCGUGACCGUUAUGGAGGCCAUCUGUAUUGUUAAGAACGUCAAGCCGAUCAAAGUUCCAGGCGAAAAGUUCGGCGAGAAGAAGAACGACUACUGGGAGCCGAGCCGCGGCAUCCUGGCCGACCCGGGCGCCUUCCUGGCCUCGCUCAUGAACUUCGACAAGGAAUCCAUCACGGCCGAGAUGAUCGAGAAGCUCACCAAGUACGUGAACGAUCCGAACUUCAUGCCGGCCAAGAUCGCCAAGGUGUCGAAGGCGUGCACCAGCCUGUGCAUGUGGAUACACGCCAUGUUCAAGUACUACUUCGUGAACCUGAAGGUGGCGCCCAAAAAGGCGGCCCUGAAGAACGCCAGGGACGACCUGGAGAGGACGCAGAAGGUGCUGGACGCGGCCAGGGCCAAGAUGCAGGAGAUCAUGGACGGCCUGGCCAGGCUGCAGACGCAGCUCAACGCCAAAAUCGCCUUCAAGACCGAGAAGGAGCAGAGCAUCCAGAUCUGCGAGGAGAGGAUGAACAGGGCUGUCAGACUGAUUGCCGGACUUUCUGGAGAAAAAUUGAGGUGGAUCGAGACUAUAAAAAACAUUGAAGCGAACGUCGUCAACGUCACCGGCGACAUUUUAAUAAGCGCGGGUUGCGUCGCCUACUUGACUCCCUUCACUGACAACUACCGGCGCCGACUUUUCAACGAUUGGCUCAACGUUGUCAUGAAUCUCGAAAUCCCGUUCACACCCAACUCCAAUGCAGUUACCAUACUGGGGGAGGCAAUUUUAAUAAGAUCGUGGCAAAUCGACGGUUUGCCCAGAGACUACUUUUCCACGGAGAAUGCGGUUUUGGUGUCGUGUUCGAGAAGAUGGCCUUUAUUUAUUGACCCUCAGGGUCAAGCUAACAAGUGGAUUAAAACCAUGGAAAAAACGAAGGGCCUUUUCAUUUGCAAACUCGCCGAUAAGGAUCUGCUACGAACCAUGGAAUCUGCAGUGAGAUUCGGCAAACCGGUUCUGAUCGAGAACGUCGGUGUCGAUCUUGACCCGGCCCUGGACCCGAUACUUUUAAGACAAACGUUCUUUCAGAGCGGCACGAAAGUCAUAAAGCUCGGUGAUAUAACUGUGCCUUACGACGAAAAUUUCAGAUUGUAUAUUACCACCAAACUUCCGAACCCAGCUUUUACGCCUGAAUUGUCAAUCAAGGUUUUGGUGGUAAACUUCACACUAGUGCCAAGUGGUUUAGAAGACCAACUUCUGGCUUUGGUGGUGAUGCAAGAGCGUCCUGAUUUGGAGGAGCAACGUAGCGGCAUCGUUUUGAGCAUGGCGCAAAUGAAAAACGAACUGAAGGAAAUCGAAGAUCGCAUUUUGUACAAGUUGAGCAUUUCGGAGGGCUCCCCUCUCGACGAUAUCGAUUUCAUUAUCACCUUGGAGGCCUCCAAGGUUACCUGCGACGACAUCAAGAAUAAAGUCGAAUCCGCUGAGAUAACUCAAAUAGACAUUGAUAACACGAGAGCCCUGUAUAUUCCCGUGGCGAACCGAGCCCAAAUAUUAUUUUUCUGUUUGGCCGACCUAUCGAACGUUGAUCCCAUGUAUCAAUACUCUCUGGAAUGGUUCAUUUCUAUAUUUGUAAAUAGCAUGGCAACAACAGAAAGAUCAGAAAUUAUUCAAGAAAGAGUCGACACAAUCAACAACUAUUUCACGUUUAGUUUGUACAGUAACGUUUGCAGAAGCCUUUUCGAAAAGCACAAAUUACAGUUCGCAUUUUUGUUGUGUGUCAGAGUGAUGAUGAGCUCCGGACUUAUUAAUCCGAAAGAAUGGCACCUGUUUUUGGCCGGAGGAUCACCCCUAUCGGAAAAGGAAAAUCCAGCUCCUCAAUGGUUGUCGGUAAAAUCAUGGAAAGAAAUCAGAUCCUUGGAAGUUUGCUCCAAGUUUGAAUUGUUUAUUAACACUUUUGCAGCAAAUAUUGAAAAAUAUAGGAAACUUUUUGAAAGUGUGGAUCCUCAUAGGCAACCUUUGCCGGAAGUGGUGCAAAACCAGCUGGACGACUUCCAGCGCCUGCUGGUGCUGAAAUGCCUGCGCCCCGACAAAGUAACCAACGCGAUGCAAGACUUCCUAUCUCGCCACAUGGGCCAGCAGUUCAUCGAGCCGCAAUCCUCUGACUUGUCGGAAAUGUUCAAGGAGUCCGGUCCGACGAUACCUUUGAUUUUCGUGCUGUCCACCGGCACGGACCCGGCAGCGGAACUCUACAAGUUCGCCGACAGGAUGAAGUUCUCCAAAAGGAUGUUUUCGAUAUCGCUGGGGCAAGGGCAGGGACCCAGGGCCGAGAAGCUUAUAGAGGAAGGGGUGGAAACCGGAAACUGGGUGUUUUUCCAGAAUUGUCACUUGGCGCCGAGCUGGAUGCCCCGCUUGGAACGCAUCAUAGAGAACAUUACAAUCGACACGGCCCACCGAGAUUUCCGCAUUUGGUUAACAUCGACGCCUUCUCCGUAUUUUCCCGUCGCGAUUCUUCAAAACGGCAGCAAAAUGACGAUCGAGCCGCCUGCUGGCAUCAAAGCCAACAUGCUCAGGGCCUACUUGAAUCAGGUGUCCGAUCUGACGGAUUUCAUACAGUCUGAGCACGAAAAAGCCUACCCCUUCAAAAUGCUCGCGUUCUCCUUGUGCUUGUUUCAUGGCAUAUUAUUGGAAAGGAGAAAGUUCGGCCCGCUAGGCUUUAACAUACCCUACGAAUUCACAGAUGGCGACUUGAAAAUUUGCAUUUCUCAGUUGCACAUGUUUCUGCUGGAGUACACCGACAUCCCAUUCAAAGUUUUAACGUACACUGCCGGACAUAUAAACUACGGAGGCAGAGUUACCGACGAUUGGGAUAGAAGGUGUCUAAUGACAGUUCUAGCGGAUUAUUACAACAACGACGUGGUCGAUGCCAAAUACGUUUUCGAUCAGGAAAAAGUCUACCAUCAGAUGCCAGUGGAUACCACAUUUUUGGACUACAUAGACUACAUCAAAACGUUCCCCAUCAACGAUGACCCGGAACUAUUUGGGCUGCACGCGAAUGCCGAUAUAACUUUCGCUCAGACUCAAACGUACAAAUGUUUGGCAACCCUGUUGCUCCUUCAGCCGCAGCAAACGGGGGCGGCUGCCAUGAGUCAAGAUGAAGUCAUCACGGACGUGUCCAAGUCCAUUUUGGAGAACUUGCCGAAAGAGUUCGAUUUGGAUGCAAUUUCUAAACGCUAUCCAGUUUUGUACGAAGAAUCUUUGAACACAGUCAUAAUUCAAGAAGGCAUAAGAUACAACAAGUUGCUGAAAGUGAUUUUCACUUCUUUAAACGACCUCUUGAAAGCCUUGAAAGGUUUGGUGGUGUUAUCGGAAGCCUUGGAAAAGAUGUCUGGAAGUCUGUUUAGCAACAUUGUCCCGCAGAUGUGGGCCAGCAAGGCUUACCCUUCUUUGAAACCACUUGGUGCGUGGGUGUCUGAUCUGCAGGCGAGGUGCGCCUUUUUAAUGACGUGGGUGAAAUCUGGAAUACCGCCGAUAUUUUGGAUUUCCGGAUUUUAUUUUCCGCAAGCCUUUUUGACUGGAACCUUGCAAAAUUUCGCCAGAAAAUAUAUUGUUUCCAUCGACACCAUCAAUUUCAAGUUUCAGGUUCUCUCGUAUAGACCAGCCCAGGCUUUCCCUGAUGGUUGCUGUAUUUAUGGGUUGUUCCUUGAAGGGUCCAGGUGGAAUCCUGUUACAGCUCUAUUGGGUGAAUCCAAUCCGAAGGAACUUUAUACAGAUAUGCCGGUGGUUUGGUUGGUUCCGGAAGAGAACCACGUGAAACCCAAGGGAGUUUACGAAUGCCCUAUUUACAAAACGCUUACGAGAGCCGGAACGUUAUCGACUACAGGUCAUUCCACUAACUACGUUUUGGCUAUUGAAGUGCCAACCGAUAAAACGGAAAAUCACUGGAUCAAACGAGGCGUCGCGUUGAUAUGCGCGUUGGAUUAUUAAUAUUUUGUAGGUUAAAUAAAAGUUUUGCGUUUGUAUGUAUAGAGAUUUUUAUUUACAUCUUGGAUACAGGUUUGAGUCCUAAGAUAUUGAAGCAUUGCUCGAGAAUCCUGGCAGUGGCUUCGGAUAGGAGUAUUCUGCCGUGGUUGAUUUUGACGAUAUCGCCGGACGCGUCCUUUUCGAUGCAGUAGCAGGAAUCGUAGAACUCCGAGAAAGUGGUCGCGAUUUCGUAAACGUACUCGCACAAGUUGUGCAGGCACAAGUCGCCGGUUAUUUUGAUGAGAACGUCGGGGAAUCUUAGGAGGACUUUCCCCAGCUUCCACUCCUUCUCGUGGGUCAACGAAAUCGUGUGCGACUUGGCCAACUCGUUGACUUGCUCCUUGCUAAAGUUGGCGUUCCUCGCGAUGCUCUGUAUGCGCGUGAAAGCGUAGAGCAGGUACACGGCGGUGUUGCCCUUGUCCUCCAGCAUCUUAUCGAACGAGAACACGUACUCGUGGUUCCUGUUGUGCGACAGGUCCGCGUACUUUAUGCACCCGUACGCCACCGAGGUCUGAGCUUUCCGCAGCUCCUCGGCUGUCAAAACCUUGUCGCGCUCCUUCUCCCUGAGCUUGUCCAGGGAUCGUUUCAGGCCUUCGUCCAGGAGGUCCAGCAGGCGCACCGUGUCCCCCGACCGCGUCUUGAACUUCUUCUUGUCCUCUCCGAGCACCACCCCGAAGCCCACGUGAUCCACUCGGUGCGAAUCGUCGAUAAUUCCCGCCUUUUUGGCGCAGCCGAAAAGGACUUGGAAGUGGGUCGCUUGCCCGGCGUCCGUCACGUAA